UAUACUGUGCCUCUCAUUGUUUUGGCUGCUGUUGGCUAUCGACAGUCUUUUUUUACCCUAUCUAUACAGUCAAAGAAACACCACGUCGUUGUUGCCUUAACCCGGUUGUCGCGGCGCCCCCAGAAUUCUUAGUGUUACUAAAUACGACUUGACUACUUAUUCCCACCCCCCCGAUGCUCCUUCGGGGUUGAAAGACCUCUUCAACUACCGCUCACCUAUUCCUCUAACCAACGCCGCCUCCUAUCCUCAUCGCCCCCCCGAUCUCCUCAUCUACCCCCCUCCUUGAAUGACUAGCGCACCUCACCAUGUCGCCUUCCACCGCACAUGUAUCCAGCCAACUAAGGCAGCUGAUAUAUUACCACCUUGAUAACAACCUCGUCCGCAAUGCGCUUUUUCUUGCCGGCCGGCUACACGCAUACGAGCCCCGGGCGUCGGAAUCUUCAUACUUACUCGCCUUAUGUCACCUUCAAAACGGUCAGGUGAAAGCAGCCUAUGACUAUAGCAAGAACUUUGGAUCUAGAGGCACACAUCUUGGCUGCGCAUAUGUCUUCGCUCAGGCGUGCUUGGACCUGGGGAAAUAUCUCGACGGCAUCAAGGCGCUGGAUCGAAGCAAAGGGCUUUGGGCUUCCAAGAAUCAUUGGGGCAAACACAGCGAAACACGCAGGCAACAUCUACCCGAUGCGGCAGCAGUGUUAUGUCUGCAGGGUAAAUUAUGGCAUGCCCAUAAUCAGCUCAACACGGCUGUAGAAUGCUAUGCCGAGGCGCUCAAGUUGAACCCGUUCAUGUGGGAUGCCUUCCUGGGCCUAUGUGAAACUGGGGUCAAUAUUCGCGUCCCUAAUAUCUUCAAAAUGACACCGGAUCUCAACGCUUUAGUAUCGUCUGCUUCACAGGAGGACUCGGAUUUCUCCUCGGACAAGCCAGUGUCUACAAGUGGGCCGUUGCAAACGCAAGCGAAAUUGAACUCAAGUGUUGACCCCUUUACUACGGCAACGUCUCGGAGUGAGGCAAUCACCACCCAUGGAAGCUCGGCUUUGUGGGAGAAACUCAACGGAAGCACCGUCAGCGUGGCAUCUACAGGAGCACCAACCGCGCCUGCAGUUCGGGAAGGCACCGAAACCCCGGGGGCACAAAGCAGCGAGUCGGACGACGUUCGUGGCGCGCAUCGGAGCGAUCCAUCUUGGGAGCCACCUUUGGCUCCUGCACGGAAAAAUAGGACCAUACAGACCAUCAACGCCGAUCACACAAUGGACUCCCCACCCAAAAUGAAGCCCACGGGUAUUCGGCCCAGAACAAGGACCAAAGCUGAGGUCGAGGAGCAGGCUGCAACCCAUGCGGAGCGAGAAGUCACUCACGGAUCCCGGGUGGGCGAUCGCAAGCGGACGGUCUCGGGAUCGGUGGCUCAUUCUGCGUCGCAACCCACCGAACCAGGGGCGCCGCAACGGCGGAGCGUCCGGCUUUUCAAUCAGAUAAAGCCUACCACAAGCAAGCUUUCCAGCACGACGCUCGGAGCGAAAGAUGUCAGGGAGCUGAAGAAAGUAAGGUCUACUGGCGCGAAAGGUCGGACCACCGCCACUACAAGUGUGGGCCGUGUCGUAAGCGGCAAUCGAAAACACCUCAAUGACGCGCAUGAUGGCGAAAGCAAGGAGCACCGGCCAGCGACACUGGUGCCGAACGGAGUUCACCAUACUUCUUCCAGGGGAGCUUCACUUGAUCGGUCUAAAGCAGUUGAGGCGUUGAUUUGGUUGUUAGAGCUAUUUUCCAAACUGGCAUCGGGAUACUUUGCGCUCUCUCGUUAUCGUUGCGCUGAAGCCACGCAGAUCUUUGCGGCCUUGUCUCAGGGCCAGCGGGAGACCCCUUGGGUCCUUUCGCAGAUUGGGCGAGCAUAUUACGAGCAAGCGAUGUAUUCGGAGGCCGAGAAGUAUUUUGUCCGGGUGAAGACGAUGGCUCCAUCACGGUUAGAGGAUAUGGAAAUCUACUCGACCGUGCUCUGGCAUCUCAAGAAUGAUGUCGAGCUAGCCUAUUUAGCACACGAAUUGAUGGAGAUUGAUCGUCUAUCCCCUCAGGCGUGGUGUGCCGUUGGCAAUUCUUUUUCUCACCAGCGUGACCAUGACCAGGCCCUCAAGUGUUUCAAGCGAGCAACGCAGCUCGACCCUCACUUCGCGUAUGGGUUCACGUUGCAAGGGCAUGAGUUUGUGGCCAACGAAGAAUACGACAAGGCACUCGAUGCAUACCGGCAUGGCAUUAGUGCUGACAGUCGCCAUUAUAAUGCCUGGUAUGGAUUGGGUACAGUAUACGAGAAGAUGGGUAAGCUCGAUUUUGCCGAACAACAUUUCCGCAAUGCAGCCAACAUUAACCCGACAAACGCGGUGCUCAUCUGCUGCAUUGGGCUUGUUCAGGAGAAAAUGGAUAACCCCCGAGCCGCUUUAGCCCAGUAUGGGCGCGCUUGCCAACUGGCCCCUCAUUCCGUGCUUGCUCGGUUCCGCAAGGCGCGGAUGCUGAUGAAGCUUUCGGAGCUCAAGUUGGCUCUAACGGAAUUGAAGGCUUUGAAGGACAUGGCACCUGAUGAGGCCAACGUGCAUUAUCUCCUGGGUAAACUCUACAAGAUGUUGCAUGAAAAGGCCAACGCGAUCAAGCACUUUACGACUGCGUUGAACUUGGAUCCCAAGGUAAGUCUGAUCCUGGAGGACCCCAUCUGGAAGGGCCGGGCUAAUUGGAUCUGCAGGCGGCCCAAUACAUCAAGGACGCCAUGGAGUCGCUGGAUGACGACGAAGAAGAUGACGAAGAUAUGGCCUGAUUGUUUCUUCCUUGUUGUUACUAUUCUUCUCCGUUUACCUGUGAACUGUGGUCUGGUUCCUCUGUACCCUGUUCAGUAUUGGCGGGGGGGCGGCGUUUUUCCCGGAUUGAAUUUGUGCAAGCAUCAGCAUUAUGAGGGCGUUAGCCGGCGGGUUGGUUAGCGAGGGCAUUUUCGAGUCGAGGCUCCUGGGUUGGAUUCUGUAUCUUAGCGAGGGAGGAGGGCUGGGAACGAGCGACGACGAGGCCGGACGACAGGACCUGAACAUACUCUCUUGGAUGUCGGUCGUCCGAGCCGGCUGCAUAAUCGAGGCUAUUGUUAGCAUAAUGAUUGCACUGCCAUUGGAACCA